AUGUUUAAUUAUAUAAUUACUGUUAUUCUACCUAAAUGUUAUAUCUAUGUUAUGGGUAAAAAUAAUAGUAAAAUAAAAGAUGAUUCAAGUAAAAAAAAAGCUAGUAAAAAAUUAACAGAAGAGGAAUUGAAUGAAUUAGAAAGUAAAACAUAUUUUACCAAACGAGAAUUAAAAAAAUGGUACAAAGACUUUAUUCGUGAUUGCCCAUCCGGAGAAUUGAAAAUAGAUGAAUUUCAAAAUAUUUACAAACAAUUUUUUCCAAAUGGCGAUCCAACAAAAUUUGCCUCAUUUGUCUUUAAUGUUUUUGACAAUAAUGGGGAUGGUCAUAUAUCAUUUAAAGAGUUUAUCUCUGCAUUAAGCUUAACCUCACAAGGAUCUUUAGAUGAAAAAUUAGACUGGGCUUUUUCUUUAUAUGAUGUGGAUAAGGAUGGAUUUAUCACAAAAAUGGAAAUGAUUAAUAUUGUUGAUGCAAUAUAUUCUAUGAUUGGUAAUAUGUUAGAAUUACCAAAAGAUGAAGAUACUCCAGAAAAGAGAGUUGAAAAAAUUUUUGCCACAAUGGAUAUUAAUUAUGAUGGAAAAUUGACAAGAGAUGAAUUUAAACAAGGUUCAAAAAAUGAUCCAUGGAUUGUUCAGGCAUUGACAAUUGACAUGUCAUCAGAUGAAACAAAUACAUUUGAAUAA